AAGGGGCUUUCUUCCUGUGUAAGAAAGGGCUGGAGAAGGGCUAGUUAACAGUGUUGUUUUUAAAACAGGAAUAUUUUUAUCUAAAAUAAUUUAGUAAACGUUUAAGAUGGGAGACGAUAAUCAGUAUAACGGACAGAAUCAGGAAUAUAAUGGGUACAGUGAAGGCCAAUAUGGACAGUAUCAAGGUGGAAUGGAGAGCGAUACUAUGCAGGGUGGAGAUAACCAAAUAGAGAGUGGCGGCCAAGGAAAAGCUGAUGAUGAUAACAAAUCUUUUCAGGAGGCAGUAUUUUGCACUACUUGAUCAGUUUCCUACACAGCCUUUGUUUUAGAUUUUAUAAUUCAUAAUCUACUUCAAAUGGGAUAGAAUUCAGUAAAAAAAAAAUAAAAAAAUUUUGACAAACACAAAUUGUGUAAUGGCACCAUUUACUGAAGUACAGUUUAUUUAUGCCUGUUUUUAUAACUUAAGCUCUUCAGUGAUAAUCUUGGCAUAUGAAAUGUAAAUCUUACUGAAAAGUGCUAUAGUUAGUUUGCUUAUUUAACACAUACUAAUUCUUGCUUGAACACUGAAUGUUUAUGCACACCCAAUCACCUCAAUCUUUAGCAGUAUUAAAUCAAAAUGUAAAAGUAUAUAUGUAUACAUAAUUAUAAGAAUGGGCUGGAUGGGUUCAAGAUCUGGUGAAAAGAAGACUUGUUAUGUGAAGGACGACACAAGGAUGACAGUUGUGGGGCUACAGGACAAGUCACCAGGAACUUUCAACCUGAAACUUCCAGAUUGCCAUCUGCCAUCUUGCUCAAGCAACUGGUGGAGAGAAGACUACGCUUGAUGUUGACUGGAAAACUUUUUGUUGGAGGAGUGAGCUGGGAUACCCAAACAACUGAUUUGAAGGAAUAUUUUUCAAAAUAUGGUGAAGUUACUGAUGUUAACAUCAAGACUGAUCCUAACACUGGAAAAUCCAGGGGGUUUGCUUUUGUCACGUUUGCUUCUCAGGAUUCUAUAGAUGCUGUUUUAAAGGAAGGUACACACACAGUCAAGGGUAAGCAAGUUGAUCCAAAAAGAGCUAAGGCCAGGCCUGGGAUUAAAAAGAUAUUUGUGGGAGGACUUGAUCCUGAUAUGUCUGAAAGUGAUAUCAGAUCAUAUUUUGAACAGUUUGGCAAGGUUGAGACUGUAGAAUUACCGAUGGAUAAAACUAAAAAUCAAAGACGGCAGUUUGUUUUCAUAACAUUUGAGACUGAAGAAGCUGUCAGAGAAGUCACUAAGCAACCAAAGCAGAUGAUAGGAAAUAAGGAAUGUGAUGUGAAAAAAGCCACUCCAAGACCAGAUCCUAGAUCAAUGCGUGGUGGGUUCAUGGGUGGUUGGGGAACUCCUCGUGGUGGAAGUACUGGUGGUCGAGGCCGUGGAAGAGGGGGUUACCCGACUCAAAGUUGGGAAAGUCAGGGAUAUGGAGGAUACAAUCCAGUAUAUGGAAGCUAUAAUCAAGGUUAUGGUAAUUAUGACUAUAGUGGCUACAGUGGCGACUACAGUGGGGGAUAUGGUGCUUAUGACUACAGUGGAUGGGGAUCAUAUGGACAAAGCUAUGGUCAACAACCAAGUGGAUAUGGCAAGACCCGUGGAGCUGGGCGAGGGGGUACCACCGCUACUACUGCUACUACCUACCAUCCUUACCGUUAAAUACAUGGCAGACGUGAUUGUGGUACAUAUUUUGUAUUGUGCUGCCAUUGUAAUUUCAUGAAAACAUCGUGAUUUGUCCGUCAUCUGAUGUACAUAGUUUGUGUUUAAUAAAAACUUUUCAUGUGA